AUGGGCCAGGCCCAGAGAGCCACCCAGUCCAGGCGAAGAGAUGAACAGCUGUCUGACCAAACCUCUUCCAUAGCAGUUCCGCUGUCUGAGGGUGGAGGUGCCAUUCUCCGUAGAGUGGGUUCCACCACGGCAAAAGGACUGCGCCCCUGUUCAGAAUGCCCGGGACAUGGGUUGCCCGAGACAGGAAAGAUUAAGCCCCAGCGCGUGCUCUCUGCACCAAGAGAGCCCGCUUGUCCGGACAGUUUGACGGGCAUUACGGAGAACGAGGUCAUUCACCGUCCUAAGUGCACAACAGGAUCAACAAGCAGAGUGUUGACGGUUCAGACUGGAGGAUCGCUCAUUAUUCCAUGUUAUUAUGACAGUAAAUACACUGAACACAAGAAAUACUGGUGCUUUGAUGCCAAGUCAGCAUUCAAUUACUGCAGUAUUCUGGCAUAUGCUAAUGAAACCAAAGAAAAAGUGUCGGUACUUGAUCAUCCAGAUCAGAGUUUCUUUACUGUGACUAUGAGAAACCUUAAGUAUGAAGACACUGGAGCUUAUUGGUGUGCUGUGGAGAUUGGAGGAAUAUUUGAACCAGAUGAGAAAGAGCACCUUCAUCUGACAGUUCAAUCAGUUCCUGAUGUGUCUGUGGUGAGCAGCAGUGUAUCUGGACGUGAAGGUGGUGAUCUCAGUGUUCAGUGUUUCUACAGUUCUGGAUGUCAGAAUGUAGUCAAACGGUGGUGCAGAUAUAAAGAUCAGAGCUGUUACCCAGUGAGGAGUUCAUCAGUCCAGAUCAGUGAUGAUGGGAGAAGAUCCUUCACUGUGCUGAUGACUGGACUGAGACUGACUGAUUCUGGCUGGUACUUCUGCUCUGCAGGAGAUCAACAGGCUUUUGUACAACUUGAUGUCACUGAAAAUCCACAGGUUUCUGUUUUCACUGUGACUGAAUCAAAACCAGCAGCUGUGGCCACGGAAGGAUUUGGGAGAAACAACAGAGAUGCAAAUACUAUCUCAUCUACAACACCUGUUUCAGUUAACACCAAUCAAACAGACAGCAGUGAAGAGCAGCAGAAUAAGCUUUAUUUGCAUCUGGAGGCGUGGAUUCCAGCGGUUGUGCUGUUGAUGGUGAUUGCCGUGUCAGUCAUACUGCUGAGAAAGAAGUGCUACAGAAAUGACACCCACGUGAGCAACUGAAGUUGGAACAAGCCAAUAUAUAGUUUGUUAUUUUCCAGGAAUAAUUACAAAUGCAAAGCAUGCAAAAUACUAAUUGUGAUAAAAUUAUACUUUUAUCUCUAUGUCUCUUUCUAUCAGUAUCCCUAGUAGUGGCAUUGUGUACUUUUGGAUUGUAAAAAAAACCAGAUAAAAAUGGAGUUUUAGUAUUUUACUGUUUAGGUGCUUUGGGCGUUCUGACUUUCCCGAUCCCAUCCCCCCCUCUCUCUCCCACUUCACUUCCUGUCUAAAUUACUGUCCUGUCCUAAUAAAGGCAAAAACCGCCAAAAAUACAUCUUUAAAAAAAAUAAAAUAAAUUGUUGUUGUCUGUAAAAAGCUUAAAUCAAUAAUAUAUAUUUGCAAUGUUAAGAUGUAAUGUGCUUGCUUUUAAGCGUGACAAUAAAUAAAAUCUAUAUUUGUCUAUUUCUGAAUAUAUUUUUCAAUUUUGUUGCAUUAAUCUGAUGAAAAUGUUAUCUAUUUAAAUAUUACAUAUAAAAUGUAUAUAUAAACAUAAAAUAAUCAAAGCAUUUAUUUAAAAAUACACAAAAAUAGAUAUGCGUAAAUAUUUGUAAAGCAUGCAAUUAAAACGUUUUAUGACAUAUAAGCUCUCUGUUGGGAUGAGUUUUAAGACUCCACUUUACAGUCGUGUGCAUAUGUAAUGGAAAUCUAUAAAUAUAUAUAUAGAGAGAGAGAGAGAGAGAAGUUAGAAACUGACUGAUUUGUGCAAGAAGUUCAGACCAUUUCCAUUUGGUGUGACGCUGAAAUUCAUAGAAUAUAAGAGGAAGUCGAUAGAACAAAAUAGCACAGAAAUGUGCAGAGAAGAAACGUUAUAACGCUUCCACACAAGCAAACUAUUAGCGCCAUGCAGCUCAUUUUGAUUUUUCUUUGGCUCAUAACAGGCAAGUGUUUUCUCAUUCUGUUUUUUUAUUUAUUUAUAUUUUUUCUAUAUUCAUAUUCUUCAUAUAUUUGUUUUAGAAAUAUAGUCUUGCCAGCGUAAUCUCAACAUCAUAUUGUCAUUAUCAUAAAAAAAAAAAAAAAGUAAAAACAAGUUACAAUUACUGUUACGUUUAGUUCUAUUUAUCAAUAUUUUCUUCACCCAGGUAUUGAGUGUGAAACUGGAUCCGUAAG